AUGUAUAAGCCUCUCAUUCCCCUCUUCAGGGCACACCCACAGACACCGCCAUACACCCUUCAAACACCCCCCAGACAACCCCAGACACCCCUCAGACCCCUCCAGACACCCAUCAGACCCCUACAGACACACCUCAGACCCCCCCAGACACUCCUCAGAAACCACCAGACACUCCCCAGACACCCCUCAGACCCCCCCAGACACCCCCCAGACACCCCUCAGACACUCCUCAAAAACACCCCAGACACCUCUCAGACACACUCAGUCACCCCAGACCACCACUUAGACACCCCACAGACACACCCAGACACCCCUAAAACACCUCCAGACCACCCAUCAGACACCCAUCAUACCCCCCAGACCCCCCUCAGACACACCCAGACACCCCUAAAACACCUCCAGACCACCCCACAGGCAUCCUUCAUACCCCCUCAGACACACCCAGACACCCCUAAAACACCUCCAGACCACCCAUCAGACACCCAUCAUACCCCCCAGACCCCCCUCAGACACACCCAGACACCCCUCAAACACCUCCAGACACUCCCAGACACCCCCAGACACCCCCAGACCACCACCAGACACCCCUCAGACAUCCCCAGACCACCACCAGACACCCCUCAGCCAGCCAUGUCUAUUAAGCAACAUCCAUAG